AUGGCAGCUUCCUUUGCUCGUAUCGCAUCCAGGCGACUCUAUCAGCGCCCGGCUCUGCCUCGCCCCUCGACCACCUUCCGCUCGCUGUCGACCUCUCUCCCCCGUCACUUUGCCGCCCCCGUCGACAACCCCAAUGCCACUCGCCUGAUCCCUGUCGACCCCAACUUCGUUCCUGGAUCACAGAACGCUGACACUUCGAACGUCAACUUGGCCAACGAUGCCGACGAGGACCCGAACCAACGCAAGAUCCGCCACUACACUGUCAACUUCGGUCCUCAGCAUCCCGCCGCUCACGGUGUGUUGCGUCUGAUUCUCGAGCUCAAUGGUGAAGAGAUUGUCCGCGCAGACCCUCACGUCGGUCUGUUGCACCGUGGUACCGAGAAGUUGAUCGAGUACAAGACAUACCUCCAGGCCCUGCCCUACUUUGAUCGUCUCGACUACGUUUCCAUGAUGACCAACGAGCAAUGUUUCUCUCUGGCUGUUGAGAAGCUGCUCAACAUCGAGGUUCCCGAGCGUGCCAAGUGGAUCCGUACCCUGUUCGGUGAAAUCACCCGUAUCCUGAACCACCUCAUGUCUAUUCUCUCCCACGCCAUGGAUCGUGUCUCUGGUGCCCGUCUCCACGCUGCUUACGUCCGUCCCGGUGGUGUUUCUCAGGAUCUCCCUGUUGGUAUCCUUGACGACAUCUACCAGUGGGCCACCCAGUUCGGUGACCGCAUUGACGAGACUGAGGAGCUUUUGACCGACAACCGUAUCUGGAAGGGCCGUACCCAGGGUGUCGGUGUCGUUUCCGCCGCAGAUGCUCUUAACUACUCUUUCACUGGUGUCAUGCUUCGUGGUUCUGGUGUCCCAUGGGAUGUCCGCAAGUCCCAGCCUUACGAUGCUUACGACCAGGUUGAGUUCGAUGUGCCCGUUGGUGUCAACGGUGACUGCUACGACCGUUACCUCUGCCGCAUGGAGGAGUUCCGCCAGUCGCUGCGCAUCAUCUUCCAGUGCUUGAACAAGAUCACUCCUGGACCCAUCAAGGUUGAGGACUACAAGAUCGCCCCUCCUCCACGUGCUGCCAUGAAGGAGAACAUGGAGGCCCUCAUUCACCACUUCUUGCUCUACAGCAAGGGUUACACCGUUCCUCCUGGUGAGACCUACUCCGCUAUCGAGGCCCCUAAGGGUGAGAUGGGUGUCUUCGUCGUCUCAGAUGGUUCCGAGAGACCCUACAGAUGCAAGAUCCGUGCUCCUGGUUUCGCUCACUUGGGAUGCUUCGACCAAAUCUCAAGAGGUCACUUGUUGGCUGACGCUGUCGCCAUUAUUGGUACUAUGUGGUAG